ACGUCAAGGCGACACCGCCAAACCUCGCCCAGAGUCAGGCGUGUAAGCCAGCCGGAGCGGCGGCGGCGGCGGCGGUAGCGGCAGGACCGCCGUGGCGCCGGUAGCAGCGACCCGGAGGGAGCGCGAGGCGACGCUGGCUGCGGGGACCCGGUGACAGCGCGAGAGGUACUAGAUUUUACAAGUUUGCACCAUGCGUGAGUAUAAGCUAGUCGUUCUUGGCUCCGGAGGAGUUGGAAAAUCUGCUCUGACUGUACAAUUUGUUCAAGGAAUUUUUGUUGAAAAAUAUGAUCCUACGAUAGAAGAUUCUUAUAGAAAGCAAGUUGAAGUAGAUGCACAACAGUGUAUGCUUGAAAUCUUGGAUACUGCAGGAACGGAACAAUUUACAGCAAUGAGGGAUUUGUACAUGAAAAACGGACAAGGCUUUGCCUUAGUUUAUUCCAUCACAGCACAGUCCACAUUUAAUGAUUUACAAGAUCUGAGAGAACAGAUUCUUCGAGUUAAAGACACUGAUGAUGUUCCAAUGAUUCUGGUUGGUAAUAAGUGUGACUUGGAAGAUGAAAGAGUUGUAGGAAAGGAACAAGGUCAAAAUUUAGCAAGACAAUGGAACAACUGUGCAUUCUUAGAAUCCUCUGCAAAAUCAAAAAUAAAUGUUAAUGAGAUCUUUUAUGACCUAGUGCGGCAAAUUAACAGAAAAACUCCAGUGCCUGGGAAGGCCCGCAAAAAGUCGUCAUGUCAGCUGCUUUAAUAUACUAAAUGCAUUGUAGCUCUGAGCCAGGUAAUACAGAGAAAUUUGCAUUAAGGUACACUCAACUUACAUUUGACUGACUUUGAAGAAGGCAGCAGAAUAGAUGAAGUCAUUCCAAAAAAAGAUGAAAAUGUCUACCCAUGCUUUGCUAUGAAUCGUGGUACAUGGUCAUAAUGUAAUGACGAGGAUAAGAACCUAUAUUAUAUUUAUUUCUGACACUUUAGCACUGUUGUCUUAAUAUGUCCUUUGGAUCUUUACUGUGCUGUUUACACCCCAUGUUUUCAAUUAAUUUAAUUUUCUCAUUUUGACAGGUCUGAAGAACUGUUGCCCAAUUCAACAGUGCCAGCAUUCCAACUUUGUUAAACCUACCAACAUCUUAAAUGGACUUUCUGUGGUGGUACCCUUUAAGAGGCGGAUGAAAGCUACUACAUCAGUUUGCACAUUCUAAUCACUUUCCAGUAUCACAAGAGAGAUUUUUACUUAUAUAAUAGUCCUAGAGUAUGCAGCUGGUAAAACCAGAGGCUACAAUCCAGUAUUACUGCUAAGAGACAUUUUUCAUCCACCAAUGUUGUACAUGUAUGAAAAUGGUGUACUGUAUACUUUAACACACCCCAUACUUUGUAUUGGAGAGUACAAUAAUGUAAAUCCUAAAAGCACCACUAUUUUAGCAUAAUAAAAGAAAGUCCAAAGAGCUCCUAUAUAGACUACUCCAGAUAACUUCGCUUCUUUGAUACUUGUAGCUUAUUGUAAUUUUUUUUAAGAAAUUCAAGGUCAUUAUCAUUGUAUUGUACAAAUAAGCGCUUUGAUUAACACAGCUAUAUAGUUUUUUUAAUUUUUAAAAACCUGUGGAGACAGUGAUCUUGUCUUUAAAAUAUGAUAGUCCUUUCAGUAUAAUGUCUUAGAUUAAAGACGUUGCCUUUAAUAUCUGUUGGGAAGGAAAUGUCCAGACUUUUCAAAUCUUUUAUUAUAUGUUUCCUUUUUUGUUUACAUAGGGAACAAUGUUUAUAGUUGUGUGUACAGUGGGGGUCUACAACAAGAAGUGUAUAUUUUCAAACAAUUUUUUAAUGAUUUAACAAUUUUUGUAAAUCAUUUUCAGGCUUCUGCAGCUGUAGAUUCUCACUGUGAAUCCCCUGCUUGCUCAUGCAUAAGUGUAUUUGCAAUACCAAAUAUACAGGUUUAGUAUUUUUGCCUGUUAGUGAUUGUUUCACAUGUGUAACGUUUUGGUUGAGAUGUUAAAUGGUGGACGAGUACUGUGGAUGUGAAUGUGGGAAGUAAUUUUAAUCAUGUGUAAUUGGUCACAAGGCCUAAGUUGCAGUAACUAUUGCUGUUUUAUUUAACAAUGCCUUGUUGCUUUGUAUGCAUUAACGUUUGGGUGUAAAGAUUGUGUGUCUAUCCAACAGGGAGCCACAGUAUUUAAAUUGACCAACCUAAUGUUACAACUACUUUUGAGGUGGCCAAAUGUAAACUAAAAGCCUUAAUUAAAGUGGUGCAAUUUUGUAUAACUUAGCAUCAGUAGUUCAAUAAAUUUGGAUUGCCAUGCAAGGGCUUGCAUUAUAAUUACUUGCCACUUGAAUGUGUUUUGUGUAAUGUUUAAAAGUGCUAGUAAAUAAAUAUGGGUUUAACUUCUU